CGUAAACAUCAAUUGGAAGUAGAAUUCAGUUUGUGCCAAGACGCCUUAGUGUAAACAUUCCAUGAGGAAUAAGUAGAUGUAGUCGAAAAAGAAUUCGAAUGUGGUGCGAUUCUAUCUAUCUCGAAUAAAGUAGUUCCAAUCUUUUUUCAAGACAUACCUUUUGGACUAGUUAUUUAAGUGUUAUAGUUGGUCGAGACCUCAGAGUUUUUCGGGCGGCGUUUUUUUGUGAUUUAAUUUAGUUUUUUUUUUCUGUGAAUUAUAUGGGCACUAAUUGAAAGUUUUUAAAUACAAAUUUAAAAUGGAUCCCGAAAAUGUAUGGAAUAGUUCGAUUAUUGCACCAGCUAAUCAAAGCUUAUGGUCAUCUUCAUCAGCGGCAAUGGACAUAACACCUACUUCGACAAUGCGUGCAAUUGUACAACGAAGAUUCUCAAAGUCUGCCUUUGGAAUGGUUAUAGUUUUUUUAUUCUUCAUUUUGGGAGUUUUGGGGAAUUUUCUUGCAUUGGUGAUAUUGGCGCGGAAAAGGACUUCAAAGAAUAGCAAAUAUACACUUAUGUUAAGAUGUUUAUCAACCAAUAAUCUGAUCGGUCUUAUGGGUAUGCUAACCCAAUUACUCUUAAAACUCUAUCUUCCCGAAUCGAUACUUGCUGAUUUUGUUCGUUUACGCUGCAUUGGCUUGGUUGUUUGGCGAUUUUUCGGACUAAGCUCUGGAUGUAUAGCGGCAGUUAUGGCACUUGAACGUUGGAUGGCUUUAGCUAAACCAUUUAUUUAUCACAAGCACAUUACACUUCACGUUGUACGACAAACGAUACAUGUUUUGAUAGCUGUGGCAACGGUUAUAACAUUUUUACCAUUUGUUGGCUUUGGAGUUUAUUUCAAUGAAAAGACACGCCAAUGCCAACGCUAUCGUGAGGCAGAGACGCUUUGGGAUAAAUCGUAUGCUGUUUUGUUUUUGGCUUUUGGAUGUCUUCUGUGCGUUGUCAUAGUAGCAUGUAACUUAUUCGUUACACGAGUUCUCUGUUUUAUUGGCCGCAGUAAGACCCUAACACAUUCUCGAAAUUACAAGGCUGUUAAUAGGGAAAAAGAUAAUGACGUCAAUACUGCACUUUAUCAAUCAAACAGUGCUGCCAAUACAACUACUUCACCGGAUGAGAUCAAAUUCGCCAAACUGAUGACAUAUCUCAGUAUUUCCUUUGUCAUUUGUUGGAUGCCACAAAUGGUCUCCAUAGUACUUGCUCUCAAGGAAAAUCCUUUACCAAAAGAUCACUGGUUCUUUGGUUUAGCUGAUAUCCUUAUGGCACUUCAUUUUACAUCAGAUCCAUAUGUUUAUGUUCUAAGUCGAACUAAACAGCCAGUUGUCAUGAAUUACGUCAAACGUUGGCGAUGUGGUCUAAGACGAUCGUUAAGUGAUCAAAGUCGAUUACGAACUGGAGUUGAUAAUACCACCGAAUAUAAUGUGUAGUUUUCUCAGUUUUUUUAAGAAAUGAUGUUUUGUACAUUCGGUUAAUUAUAUUAUUUAUGUGUAUACAUUUUAAAUUUUUCUUUAACAUUUCAUGGAAAUAUUAAAAAGAAAAAAUAAAGAUAAUAAGCUAAGCUUAAGAUUAAUUUAACAAUUAAGAAAUAAGAAAACUUACUAAAUUAAGAUUUGUGAAGAUAAUUCUAUUUUUGUGACUGCUCUUUUAAAGCUAAU